AUGAACGCCAGAAGACGAUCCCUGGAUAAGUGGCAGGAGGAUGCAAGCAAAGCCUCUAGUCUGGCAGAUUCUCCGUCCCCUGGUUCUCCUUCGAGCAGGAGUGGACAAUUGACUAGAUCGGCGAGUACAAAUAUGUGUUGCCUGAAAGAAGGUGAUUCCGCUCAGAUGGAACCCUGCUCACCAGGGGGUCGACGAACAGGUGUUAACUCGAUGAACAUUGCUGGUCAGAUCCCUGGGAACAAACCAAGUGACAAUGGUUAUAUGUCCACCGUAGCUCGAAAUGAGCUUGGAAGACUGACAAGAAAUGGAUGUCUGAGCAACGGAAGUAAUGUUUCUAAUCCCAACAUGAAUAAUCAGAGCACACCUCAUAUAAAUGGGACUGGUUUGUUCAAUUCUAUUCAUCGAUCAGCCUCAACUCAGGCCACAUUUACUCCUUCAACUCCGAAUUCAAACCUGGUCAAUUCAGGACAUCUUCCUGGUGCAAGUGCGACCAAUUUGGCGCAUAUUUCUGGAGCAUAUGCUAAUAAUACUUUUGUACCUCACCACCAUGACGUCCAUCAACUGAAUGCUGCAACCCACUUGUAUCAUACACACCAACAACAUUCCAUACAACAUCCUCACCACCAGGGUGUAAACAUUCAAAAACCACUUAUACAACAAACACCAUUCAUGGAACGCACUGAAAUGCACCACUCAAACUCAACUCACCCAACCGUGGUGCACGGUCCACCCAGUGGUGCUCUCGGUUCUGUCUUAUUACGCGACCCAACUUAUCCUCACGCAAAUGCGCCAAGAGGCCCCCAUACCUUUAUCUUUCCGUCUGGAGGACUGCAUAAUCCUCAGGCAAUAGGAGCGCCACAUCUGAACCUAUUUCACUCAGGAACUGGGGCGAACGGAACAGUGCGAAGCCAUUUCCUUAUGCGAGAUCUUGGAGCAGGAACGCAAUUCGAUCACCACUUUUUGAAUACGAUGAGUAAUGGGCAACGCGCUCUGACUGCGCAAGCCAUUGAACUAUGCAACUCUUUGGCUGCAGCCAACUCUGCGUCAUUGUCCUCCGGAGGAGAACGUCCUGAUGAACAGCAAAAUUCAAGCCAAAAUCAAUUCACAAUGAAUCCGGAAGUAAAGAUUCAUUCAGGUGAAAUUCCGGAGGAAGAAAAAACCAAAAGCGACACACGCAUGUCCGAAGAGCCCAGUUCUUCAGACGAGCAAGGUUCAAAUCAAACUGCAGAUCAAAUGGAAGACGUAAUCUCACCGCAAAAUCGAACACUGGAUAAUAUCCGUCAAACAUACUUCAAUACCAGUGAAAUGGAAACUAUAAAGGGCGACAUAAGCUGUCUUAGUGAUGCGAUAUGUGAACUGGUUAACUCUGAUGAUGCAGAUCUACGGGAAGCUCUGAACGAAUGUGAUUCCGACGAGUCUUCCUGA